CAAAAUUUAUUGUAUGAUGGGCUUUGCAGAGGAACGAAGCCGAUUACCGAAAUUUAUGAAGCUACCUUUUUGAAUUGGUUAUAAAAAAAAAAAUUAGAAUCCUCACAAUAUUAUAUGGUGUCUUUGUGUCAAAUAUAAAAUAGAAACGCAAUUGUAAUAUAUGUAAAAUGCAUCAAUAUACUAAAAUUACAAUAUAGCAAAAUCAAGAAAGAAACGUUAGGAGAUAAAUAAGGAAACUAAUAAAGAAAAUUAAUAAUUGGAAAAAUAAUUAGUUACCUUGAUCGAUCUAAAAAAUGUUUAAUGAUAAUUCUGCUAAUUCAGAAUAAAUUUGACAAAAUCAAUUAAAAAUACAUGUCAAAUUAUGAUAACACGCUGCCAUAAAAUAUAGUAGAAGAUGCUAUUGUAGGUACGUCAACGUUUAAUUUUGUAUUUUAGACUAAAAAACGAGAUCAUCUUCAUAACACAAAUGUGUCAUUGCUUAACUUAUGGUGCCGAAAAGAUGUUAACUUCUCUUCUUCUUUAUUUAUUUUUGAAUUGAAUGCUAACUUGUCUUUGUAAUUCAUCUGUAAAUUUUCUUUUAUGAUACUAGAGUGUAAUUCAAAUCAGUUUUAAGAAUAAAUGUCAAAAACAAAACUAUGGUAAAGAAAGAAUACAAAACAAAUAAUAAAAGCAAGUAGUGGUAGCAUUUAUUAGAUACUUGAACGUAGAAUCAAUGGGGGCAAUAUAAGGUUUUUACCAAUCGAUCAGUCAUUUCGGUUCCUAGAUCUGCGAAGUUUUGAGAACCCUUUCUACAAUCAAAGAUGAACAAACAAGACUCAGAGAGGAUUCAUGUUCUCUUCUUCCCCUUUAUGGCUCAUGGCCACAUGAUUCCAGUUAUAGACAUGGUCAAGCUUUUCUCGAGCAGAGGAGCCAAAUCAACCAUUCUUACCACACCAAGCAACUCGAAGAUUUUGGAGAAAAGCAUUGAAGCAUUCAAGAAUCAGAACACUGAUGUAGAAAUCGGAAUCAAGAUCUUUGAUUUCCCUUGUGUAGAUCUGGGAUUACCUGAAGGGUGCGACAACGUUGACUUUAUCAGCUCGUACAAAAAACCUGGGGCGGGUGACUUGUUAUUAAAGCUUUUUCUGUCUACCAAGUAUAUGAAACAGCAAUUGGAGAGUUUUAUCGAAACAACCAAACCGAGUUGUCUUGUGGCCGAUAUGUUCUUCCCUUGGUCUACCGAAUCCGCAGAGAAGUUUGGUGUCCCAAGACUUGUGUUCCACGGAACAUCGUUCUUUUCCUUGUGUUGUUUUUAUAACAUGAAUACUCAUAAGCCACACGAAAAAGUUGCUACGACUUGUACACCUUUCGUAAUCCCUGGUCUCCCAGGGGGGGGCAUAGUAAUGACAGCAGAGCAAGCCAAUGUCGCCGACGAUGAAACUCCAAUGGGAAAGAUUAUGAAAGAGAUUGGAGAAUCAGAGUCAACUAGCUUUGGUGUUUUGGUGAAUAGCUUUUACGAGUUGGAAUCGGCUUAUGCUGAUUUUUACUCUAAGAAUGUGGCCAAAAGAGCUUGGCACAUUGGUCCGCUUUCGCUGUGCAAUAGAGAGUUUGCAGAGAAAGCCGGAAGAGGACAAAAGGCCAACAUUCAUGAGGAGGAAUGCCUCAAAUGGCUCGAGUCUAAGACACCUGGUUCUGUAAUUUACGUUUCGUUUGGCAGCGGAAAUAACUUCACCAACGAGCAGAUGCUUGAGAUCGCUGCCGGUCUUGAAGGCUCUGGACAAAGUUUCGUCUGGGUGGUUGGUGAAAAAGAAGAGUGGUUGCCUGAAGGAUAUGAGGAAAGGAUGAAAGGGAAAGGGCUGAUAAUACGCGGAUGGGCCCCACAAGUGCUUAUACUUGAUCACAAAGCAGUUGGAGGAUUUUUGACGCAUUGCGGAUGGAACUCCGCUAUAGAAGGCAUUGCUGCGGGGCUGCCAAUGGUGACAUGGCCCAAAGGAGCAGAACAGUUCUACAACGAGAAGCUAUUGACAAAAGUGUUGGGAAUAGGAGUGAAUGUAGGAGCUACAGAAUUGGUGAAAAAAGGAAGGUUGAUUAGUAGAGAAGAAGUAGACAAGGCUGUAAGGGAAGUGAUGUCUGGAGAAGAGGCAGAGGAAAGGCGGAUACGAGCUAAGAAACUAUGCGAGAUGGCCAAAGUCGCUGUUGGGGAAGGAGGGACUUCUUAUAGUGAUUUGAACAGGCUCAUGGAAGAGCUUAACAGUAGAAAGUAAAAGAAGACAAAACAUGCUUUAUUUAUGUGGUGUGAUAAUUUCGUGACUAUGUUUUCAUUAUCCACUACAGUUGAGUUUGUUAAAGAAAAUGUCUGGAUUGGAUGAAUCGGUUAACCGAAAUUAAACCGGACGUGUUUGGAAUAAUUGACCAAACACUUGGUAUGACUUUUUCUUUUAUUUAUUGCAACUAUUGUUUUUUU